AUGUCAUCUUAUUAUUUUGUUAUAAUAGGAACACAAGAUAAUCCAAUAUAUGAAACAGAAUUAUCAUCAUCAUCUUCAAAAAAUUCUAAUUUAUCAAAUUCAUCAUCAUCAAAUUCAUCAAUAAUUAAUACUACAUCAACAACAAAUUCAUCAAUUAAUAAUAGUAGUAAUACAUCAUCGACUGCUAAUAAUUUAAAUCAGUCGAAUUUUCCAACAUCAACAAGAGAAAUAUUACCAUUUAUUGCAAAUGCAAGUUUAGAUUUAAUAGAAGAUCAAAUGUGGUCAACUCAAUUAUUAAACUUGGGGAAAAUAGAUCAAUUUUAUAGUAUAUUUAUAAAUGCUUAUUUAACUCAAGGUAAUAUAAAAUUUAUAUUAUGUCAUAAUAAUACUACAAAAGAUGAAAAUUCAAUAAAACUGUUUUUCCAAGAUAUUAAUGAAUUGUAUGUUAAAGUACUAAUGAAUCCCUUUUAUAAUUUAAAUGAUUCUAUAUUAGUACCUGAUUUUGAUAAUAAGAUUAAAUUAUUAGCUAAAAAAUAUUUAUAG